AUGAGUUCUCCAUACUUCAGAAGUUACUUGACCGUGCCUUCUUCUUCUUCUUCUUCCCACUCGCGACCAAGCGUAAAGGGAAUACCAGUGGCCACGCCAAAAACGAAGGCAUCUCCCAAGGUGGUUUCGAUUCCAGUUCAUUUUGUCGGGUCUAAGCGAAGUAGAUCCGACUCCGCUCUUAAGAUCCAGAAGGUUCUGAGAGGGUUCCUGGCGAGGAAGAAUUUGAAGAAGAUUGCCGCUAUAAGCAAUGAGGUCCACCAAAUCGAGAGUAGGAUUUCGGAUCAAGAGACGAUCGAUUUGAUUAGGAGGGAUUCCAGAGAGCGGUUGAGGAUUAGCGAGACUGUCAUGAAUUUGCUCCUCAGGUUGGACUCUGUUACGAGCGUCGACUUCGGUGUCAGAGGUUGCAGGAAGUCAGUCAUCAAGAAAGCCAUUGCAUUGCAAGAGAGGUUGGAUCUAAUCGCUUCCGCUCCUGAUUAUCAUGCUCAAGAUCAAGGUGGAGUCGAGCCUGAGGCAGAUACAAAUGUUGUAUCACAGGAGAUGAACUCGGAUUCGCAUGAUGAAGCAGGGGAUUGCGAUCGUUCAGAACAAAUUUCCGAGAUUCAAUCCCUGGUGGAGCAAUGCCAUGACGAAAUGGCCGUUGAUCGUUCGGAGCUGCGUGAAAAUGUGGAAGCGAUGCCUGUUUCUCUUCCACCAGAUUCUGAGGUUGUAUCAGGAAAUCCAGAAGAGGAAGUUUCAACACUUGCCGUUAACCCUCCUCUAGAACAUGAGACGAUAACGAAUGGAUUGAAGGAGACUUCCAACGAUCAUUUCUUGCCCGAUGACCAUGUGGAAACAAAUCUCGCCGGCGAACAGUCCGGGACUUGCGCAACUACUGGACCAUCUUCGAUUGAAGAAGAUAGGGAAAUAAAUUCAUUGCCAGAUAAUGAGGGGAGAGAUAUGGUUGCAACUGAAUCUGAAGACGCAGCAAGAGAUGGCGGGAGAAAAGAAGAACAAAAUGGGGACAGGGAGCUAUUAGAAAGGAUGAUUGAGGACAACGAGAGGAUGAUGGGGCUGAUGGCAGAGCUGUUCGAGAGGAAUGAAAUUCAAACGAGACUGAUUAGUUCUUUGUCCGAGAGAGUUAAGCAUUUAGAGAAAGCAUUUGCAUGUGAGAAGUUGAGGAAGAAGAAGAAAAGGAAUGCUGCUACAACUGCUGAUGGAUCUGAGAAAUUGCCAGAUACCAAGAAAUGUGAUAAGAAACACUGA